AACGCAAGCAUGCGUCUCUUUCGGAGCGGCGCAGUACCACCGGGCAACGGCAGGGUUCGAGGCUCUGUUCAAAUGUCUGUUGCAUCUCUCCUCUCCCUUGUCGCCUCAAACGCCAGCAUGCGGCUCUUUGGAGGGGCGCAGUACCACCGGGCAAUGGCGGAGUUCCGGUUCGUGGCUGUUCUUGUGUCUCUGGCACUCAAGAAUGUGUGCGAUGCGGAGGACGUGCACGACGGCACCAACUACUUCAGCUCCGCUCGUGUUUCGGGGCACGAGAGAGUGCGUAGUGUAGAGGGCGUGCACGACGGCACCGACUACUUCAGGACGGCAUGUGUGAUUGCUGUUGCCAAGGCUUGGGACGUAUUCGAGCCAUUCCUUCGACAGCUCGGGUUCCGUUUAUCACACAUUGUGGGACGACUGCUGCCCAUCGUGCUCUUCCUACUCAAGAGGGACAACGAGCCGAUGCUGGUGCACGAGACGUUCAUAGAGCGAAGCGAGUGCAGGGAGUCGUACCACAAGUUUGUGGACGCUACUGAGCGCUCCUGCAUCGACAGGUGCAUGGAGGAUCUCACCAGCACCACUCGCUUUAACAUGUGCUCACUCCACAACACCAUGUUCAACACACAAGUUUCAGUUCAGAGUCAGACUACACCUGUCUUUUCUGGCCUCUGCCUCUCCACCCGCCUUCUGCUGCGUGCCCUCAGGUGCAUGGAGGAUCUCACCAGCACCACCCGCUUCGUCACAUGGUCUCUGCAUAACAGGUCUCGCUCUGCCCUGCGUUCAUUCUUCGACUCAGCCAUGCCCAACCAGGACUCCUCCCUCCUCGCUGCUGUCGGCGCCUUCGAAGCAUCCACGCCAAUGCCAGCAUAUUAUGGCAUUCACGGCAGUCUGGGGGCUCGCCUCUUUGAGAUCGCCACUCAUGUGUGUCCCAUCUGUCUCUCCAUCUUGGCCGUGUUCGACAAGGGUUCACCAGAUGAAAUUGACCGUAUGUGCUUUCAAGUCAUGGACGUUCUCAAGUCAGGAAAGAUCGACAGGAGGGAGGUAGAGGAGGUCAUCCGCAGUGCUCUCACCACUGUCUUCGGUCCCCAGCACACUCUCCCGCCUGCCCUCAUCCAAGCCUUCGUCUCCUCUGCCUUCCCAUCCAGUCCCACCUCUAGUACCCGGGCUUCUCUCAGUCACUCCUCCCGUGAUUCCUCCUCACCCACUUCUACCGCUCUCCACCCAUCUUCUGGUCAGUCUUCCACUGCUGCUGCUUCUCUUCAUGCUUCUGCAGCUUCAGCAGCACCAUUGGAUCGAGCAGGAGGAGGGCAGGAGCAGCCAGAGGGGAAAGAAGUAGGGAGGCCAGAGCAAGAAGGGGAGAGUGUAGGUAGGGAUGGUAGUGCUGGUGCCAGUUUUGCUGCUGAUCCCAGCGUUGAUGAUGAUACCAGAGCUGAUGACGAUGGUGGCAGUGUUGCUGCUGAUGAUGGAAGGGAGCUUUCCUACCAGGAUGCUGUUCGAUGGUGGACCGCGGUCCCUGCUGUCAAGAAGUUUCUCCGAAGUCUCCUUACCCCUCCAGAUCUCCGUCCGCCGCUACCCACUCUUGUUGCGCCAGCUGUCACCGCCAGCGGCCGCCAGAUCAUCUCAGAAGCAGGGGUGCAGCGGCGGGAUAGUAGGGAGGAAACGUGGCUGCUUCAGAAGGAGCUGACGUGGCACAUAGCCGGUGCACUACAGGACAAAGAGUGUCGGGAGUGGUGUUUGCUGUACAGCAGCAAACUGCAUGGCCUAAGCUUCAACUCGUUUCUGGGGAAGGUGUCAUCGGUACCACACCCAACCGUUCUCGUGGUCCGUGACUCAGCUGGAGCCAUCUUUGGGGCCUUUGCUUCCAAGCCGUGGGAGCGAGGCAGCGCUUUCUUUGGUGACAUGCGCUCCUUCCUCUUCUCCUUCCUCCCCGCCGCUGCUGUUUUCAAAGCAGCCGGCACCAGCACCAACAUACAGUGGGUACGUGGUUCUGUCAGACGUUAUUCCCGCUGUUUGGCUGAUAUACCUACCUCUCCCUCACCUUCCUACCAACCACAGUGUGCAUCAGGAUUCGCGUCCGAAUCCAUUCCCAAUGGCAUUGGUCUGGGCGGCCAACCGGGUCAUUUCGGCCUUUUCCUCUCGGCGGAUUUCGACUCUGGUCACUCUCGCCCCAGCACCACAUUCAACUCCCCUUCACUCUCUUCAUCACCAAACUUUAGCAUAGAUGCAGUGGAGUGCUGGGCUGUUAUCAGUGCUUCUCUUUCUGAUAGGAUUUCUGCUGGUGAUGGGGGAAUAGGAGCCAUUGGAUCGUCAGGGUCUAGAGUGGGAAGUGGGAGAUCGGACCAUGCUGGUAGUGGGAGAGGGACAGUGUUGGAUAGGUUUGGCAAGGAGCGUGCGAUGUUGGGCAUGAUGGGGAUAGCGACAGCUAGUGAGAACAUUGGGAGAGAUACAACAGACUGUGAGAGGUGA